ACAUAAUACAGCACUUACCCAGAGGCCAGCACAUGAUGUUUUGGGAGAAAAGUGAAUCUUCCAGCUGGGCCUUCUGAUUCACAGCCAGUCGAUAACUCCCGCAGGAAAGUCUUCUCUUCCUUCCACCCACUUACCGUCCUUUGCAUCGUGCGUCCUGCGCAUUCGACGUCACCCGGUGCAGCCUUCAAAUUACUUCUUCAACACGAGCCUUGCAACAACGCGAUUCCGAACAACGAAGCCGCCCCCGUUCGACUCAAGCCAACAGCUUCUCAACAUGGAUGACGCAGUCGACACUUUCACUGCCUUUACCGGCGCGAGCCCAGACAUAGCAAGGCGGUAUCUGGGAAUGACAGAGAACAAUACCGAGCAGGCAAUACAACUCUUUUUCGACUCCCCCGAUCUUGCAUCCGGCAUAUCUCAAGACCCUCAUCCGCCAGCUCCUCGAAUACCGAGCUCUACCCGUCCUCAACCUCGUGCUACCAGCAUCGGACGGCAAGAUGCACAGGGCGUAGUACAUCUGGACUCUGAUGAUGAAGUACCCAUGGACGUUGAUGAGGAUGGCGAGGAGCGGUCCUCUUCUCGCGUUGCUGCACACUAUGAAGACGAUGAGGCUAUGGCAAGAAGGAUGCAGGAGGAGUUAUACGCUGGUGGCGACAGCAGUGGUGGCUACGAUGCAGAUGGCGUGAGAGCACCUAUUGCACGGACAACUGAGACUCUAGUGGGAGGGCCAGAUGGAGAUUACGGCGAUGACAUGCAUGCACAUGUACUACAACAGAUGCGAGCUCGACAGCAAGCUAGGUCAGCAGGUCGUGCCGGCGUCUUCAACCAACGCCCUAUCCCAUCGAUCUGGGACGAAUCAGCCGAUCCAGAUACACGCCGUCGAGGUUUGGCACAGGCAACUGGAGGAGCAUCCGAACAGUCAUCGAAAGCUGCACGUCUGGCCGAACUCUUCAGACCACCUUUCGAGCUCAUGAGCCAGAUCCCUUGGGAUGAUGCUCGGGACAAGGGAAAAGAAGAGAAGAAGUGGAUUCUCGUCAACGUUCAAGACCCUUCUAUUUUUGAUUGUCAACAGCUGAACCGCGAUAUCUGGAAGCAUGAAGGGAUUCGAGAGCUUGUCAAGGAAAAUUUUAUCUUCAUACAGUAUUCCAAGGACGAUCCACGAGGAAACCAAUACAUACAAUAUUACUUCCCGUUAAAGGACAGCGAUGCGGCAUACCCUCAUAUUGCCAUCGUCGAUCCAAGAACUGGGGAGCAAGUGAAAGUAUGGUCCGGUCCACCUGUGCCGGUUGCCGGAGACUUCCUGAUGCAGUUGGUUGAAUUCCUCGAUCGGUAUAGUCUUGAUGUCACGAAGAAGAACCCUGUGGCCAAGCGGAAGCCAGAGAAGCCAAAAUCGGUGGACGUCAACCGCCUCACGGAGGAGGAGAUGCUCGACUUGGCUCUACAAAAUAGCCUCGCAAGCACCCAACCCCGUGGCCCGAAAGAGCACGACCCGGAUGAUUUGACAAAGAGCUUUGGUGAUGUGAGCAAAGGAAAAGGAAAGGAGGUUGAAGCGGAGACUGCUGAGCCUUCGAAUGGUCACGAGAGUUCGACAACUGCUUCGCCAUUCUCCCAAAUCCCAUCUGACAAUCCUCACAUUGAGCCUGAACCAGGACCAAACGUCACUCGAAUUCAGUUCCGGCAUGCCGAUGGACGCGUUGUACGACGAUUUAAUGUCAAUGAUCCAGUACGACGUAUUUAUGAAUGGCUCAAGGCGGAACCCUUUGAGGGCAAGGCGGGAGUUGAAUUUGAUUUGAAGGGGAUGGGCAAGGACCUCAUCGAGUAUUUGGAUGAGACCAUUGAAGAUGCAGGUCUUAAGAAUGGGACUGUCAUGGUGGAAUUCAUUGAGGAUUAGGCCCCAUUCUCGAAUGAUGAAUAGUUGAGAUACAUUAGGCAUUGCGAUACCAGCUGCCUUUGAAGAAUUGGGGCAAGCCUCUUUGCUGGAUCUCGCUCGAGCCUCGCUGUUCCUACUCGGAU